GCUGUUGUUAUUGUUUACUUGGUAUAAAACACAACGGAGUGUCCAAUCUGAGAUCGAGAAGGCUUGGAAAAUGGCGAACAACGCUGUUAUCUUUCUCUCUGUUUUAACAGCUGGUCUUGCCUUCGUUUACUAUCGUUUACGCUGCUAUUUUGCAGGAGGAGUAUGCAAUAAUACGGUUUCGAUGAAAGGGAAAACUGUGCUUAUUACCGGAGCCAACACAGGUCUUGGUAAAGAAACUGCCCUUGAGCUUGCCAGACGCCAGGCAAGAGUUAUUCUUGCUUGUAGAAGUCUUGAGAAAGGACAGCAGGCUGCUGAAGAAAUCCGUUCAAAGGUCAAAGAUGCAGAAGUAGUCGUGAAAAUCGUUGAUCUGUCAUCUCUAGAGUCUGUACGUAAAUUUGCUUGUGAAAUUUUAAAAGAGGAAGUGAGGUUGGACGUCCUUAUCAACAAUGCAGGGGUGUAUAUGGACCCCCCUGCACCAAAAACUCAAGAUGGCUUUGAGAUGCAUUUUGGUGUGAAUCACCUUGGUCACUUCUUACUGACUAACAUGCUACUAAGUCUUCUUCAGAAAUCAUUGCCAAGUAGGAUUGUUGUUGUGGCAUCCAGCCUGGCAAAAAGGGCUCGCAUUGAUUUUGAUAACAUUCAUGGAGAAAAGAGUAUUGAUAAGGCAACAACUCCAACAAAACAGGAUCGUAUGAGAGGACCCUAUUCUCAGAGUAAACUGGCAAACAUAUUGUUUGUUCAUGAGUUAAACAAAAGGCUUCCAGAUGGUCUUACUGUCAACUCCCUGUGCCCUGGAUUAUGCUGGACUGAGCUUCACCGUAAUUCAUCCCUAAGCUUGAUUAAAAAGCUGCUCUUGUACCCGAUUGCAACAGUGGUUGCCAAGAGGCCUUGGGAAGGAGCUCAGACUAUCAUUUAUUGUGCAACUGAAGAAAAAUUAGACCAAGUUUCUGGAGCAAUCUUUGCUGACUGUGAUGUGAAGGAAUUUCCCCCUCACACUAGAGAUGAUGGAGUAGCAAGGAAACUCUGGGAACUUAGCGAAACAUUGACUCAGUAAAGAUACAAUUUGGGUGUUUUAAGGAGAAACAAAAGUAGUAUUGCUCACAACUUAAGGUUACUGUAUGCCUUCAGAGGUGUCUCAUGUCCAAGCGAUGUAGCCCUAUAUCAUAUUAAAGCUUACAGAGGUGGCUAUCAAACUAUACCAAGAAUUUUGAAAUAAAAUGAAUUGUCAAAUUUUUAUGACCUCUAAAUUAGAGCGUCCGAAUUGCCUUGUGAAAGCUACAAGUCAAAGCGAAUUUUGUUUUUUGCUUGUUUUAUUUGUCCCUCAGUUUCCCGACCAGAAGCACUAAAAAAUUUCGUCUGCAAUUUGCCAUAUUCAGUUUCAGUGAAAAGUUACAGAAUAUUUUCGAAACAGGAUUAAAAAAUAUGGAGUGAUCAUAGGAAUAUCACUCUUGGGGAAAGAGUAUUUGGAAAUAAAAUUUGCCCAAAUUUGAAGGCACAAACAAAUUCCCCUUGACUGGUAGCUUUCUAAAGGAAACCAAAAGAUGAUUCAGACACUCACUUCUAGAGGUCGUGAAAAAUUUGACAAUUAAUUUUAUUUACAAAUUCUUGGUAUAGUGUGAUAGCCAGGUCUAUAUAUAGAGGUUUAGGCAUCUACAGUUAAUACAGGAUGCACUACGUCGCUUGGACACAAGAAACCUGUGAAGGUGCCCUAAAGGUAUACAGUAACCUUAAUUGAGAGUGUCACUGAUCAUCAAGGCCUUAUGUGCUGCAUGCUGUGACCAUCGGUAAUGAUGAUGGUAAUAAUAAGGAUGAUUACCUUGAAAUAGUUUCAUGAUUGUUUUUUAUAUUACAAAAUGACUACAUUACACAAUAAAAUAUACUUUAAAAUAUUUGAAUUUGUAUGCUGGUCAUACAAAUUCUGUCAUGUUUGUUUAUUAACAGAUUAUUUUCCCAUAAAAUAAUUAUAGCCUUGACCUCUUACAAUUUUUUCUAACUACCAGUAAUAAUACUUAUAUUCUAAUAAUUUUAAAAACCUAGCUUUGAAGGGCUUUUUUUCCCAUGAUUCUGACUGUUGCUUAAAUAAUUCUUUUAUAAUCACU